AUGCCUCUCACCUUACACCAUCUGGGACGUUCUCAAUCCGAGCGCAUAAUCUGGCUGGCAGAAGAACUCGGCAUCGACUACAAUUAUGUUUUCCAUAAGCGCGAUCCUGUCUUUGCCCCGCAGUCUCUGAAAGAUUUACAUCCUGCCGGCACCGCCCCAGUCAUGGAAGAUGACCCCUCAUCCGCAACCAACUCGAGGGUAGUUUUAGCCGAGUCGGGCGCCAUUGUGGACUACAUUAUCGCUGUUUAUGGUAACGGCCGUUUAGCCCUUACGCCCAAGGAUGGUGCAGACUACCCUCAUUACCUGGAGUGGUUCCACUUAGCCAAUGGCAGUCUUCAACCCACCCUAUUUCGCGUGCUGAUGACCCGUGGCCCGACCGCGGAUCCCAACUCUCCAGUGGUGGCCAUCACACUUAAGAAAUGGGAGCUUUUACUCGCGCGCAUCGAUUCUCGACUUGCCGAGACUGGCGCUUACCUUGCUGGAAAAGACUUAACGGCCGCGGAUAUCAUGUCCUUCUUUACCUUGACGACCAUGCGUGGAUUUUGUCCUGUAGAAUACGACACGGAAAAGCAUAAGAAUAUCCUUACCUAUCUAAAGCGUGUUUCAGAGCGCCCGGCUUAUCAGAGGGCCAUCAAGAGAUGUGAGGGAGAUGACUUCACGCCUUUGUUGGAGGCGAAGGCCGAAGCCUUUGACUUCAUGAAGAGUCGGAUUUAA